AAUACUUUACCAAUUUUCUGUAGGCAGAGGCACGGCGGGCUCGCGCGACUUGCAGAACAAGUUUAAAAAGUUUUCUUGAGCGAAGGGAAAACGAAAAUGGAGUCUUCGAAGGCCAUUCCCCAUGAAAUCGGAGGGAUCCAGAAUGAUGCCCUUCGAUUUGGGCUCCAAGGCGUGAAGAGCGAUCUCGUUGGAUCUCAUCCUGUUGAAUCCAUCUAUGAAACUACGAGAAGAACAGAAGAAGAGAUGAAAAGGAAAAUUCUGGUGAAUACAUAUGGAUCUGCUUUUCCAUUGAAGAUGGAUUUUGAGAGGCAAAUUCUUUCUCGAUUUCAAAGGCCUCCAGGACCUAUUCCAUCUUCAAUGUUGGGUUUGGAGGCUCUUACUGGAAGCUUGGAUGACUUUGGCUUUGAAGAUUAUCUAAAUGACCCAAGGGAAUCUGAAUCUUUGAGGCCAUUGGACAUGCACCAUGGAAUGGAAGUCCGCCUUGGCCUGUCCAAGGGACCAGUUUGCCCAAGUUUCAUAUAAUAUCAUCUCAAUUUCAUUGUUGGCCUCAGUUUGCCCAUGAUUUUGUUGACCUCUGUUUGUUUGUUGGUCAGCACCAUCUUUGCUUCCUGUGAGCCAAACUAUGAGUUUCAUAGCCAACAUCAUCUGUUUGUUAUCCCAACUUUUUAUCUGAUUUCUUAUAAAUAGAUACCUUUGGCUUCAGUUCU